AUGAAUGACUCACCGACCAUACGUCGCCAAAUCGAAAAACUCUCAAGACAACUGCCGAGACAUAUUGGAGCAGUCUACGACGUCCUCGCUGAUUACGAGCUGACAAUCGACAAUGUGCAACUCAACCAUGUCGACUCCAAUGACCUCCCAAUGUUGCGCAAGGAUUGCGUAAACGCCCGAUCGAAUCUGCUCAUCAGCUAUACCAGGCUAGAACAACUUCAUCAGAACUGGAUCUCACUCAUUGCUGCAAACAAAGAAGAGGAAACGGUAUUCUCUCAAUACAUCGACAAAUAUGGAGACUACCGCACCACGCUACAAGAUGCAGUACCAGUCCUUGAGAAAAUGGACACCGCUCUCGAUGCAAUCGAAGAAGAGUUCAAGAAACGCCAAUUCCCGCUACCAGGUUUCAUUCCCACCACUCCGGCUACAUCAGAAGCUUCCUCUCUCGACUCACAGAGCCCGAAAGCGAGACAACAGAACGACAUCUCAACACCAGUCACCCUGCAAAAUGAACAACUGGCGUCUCCACAUCAUCCUAGAUCCAAGAUGAUCGACCAGUCCUCGCGAAAUCUUUGCAAUUUCGUCGAUGCAUCUCUUCUCAGCAAAGUGGAUCUUCCAAUGUUCAGCUGUUCGAUUCUUGAGUUCCCAGAAUUCUGGGAACGUUUUUCCACCUUGAUCGGGAAUAAACCGCACAUCGAUGACGCAACCAAGUUCUCCCUGCUGAAAUCUUCACUCAAGGGAAAAGCACUCCACUGCAUCCAAAGCCUCCCGAUUACAUCCGCCAACUACCACAUUGCGGUGGACAUUCUCAAAACGCACUUCGACGAUCGAGUGACAACCUGA